UUGAUUGACCAAUCAAAAUACAGAUUCAAGUCCUUUUCGCGGGUAAUUAACCAACUGAUAAAUCAGAUAAAAUGGCCAAGACUAGCUCCACUCGCCCUCUCUCUUCCUCCUCUUCCUCAGGGCUGGUCCCUGACCUCUUGCACCGCUUGUGUACUAAUUUUGUGAAGGAGCAAGAUCAGAUUAAUAAGCUGUACAAGCUCUGUCUUAAUAUUAUUUCAAGUAAUGUUACUCAAGGCGUGGUGUCUGACGAGUUCCGACUCUGCCAGAGAAUACAAAAGAAGAUGGUUUUGAGGCAAAGAGAGGCAGAUGCUCUUAGAUUUUCUGAGUUGCACAGACAAAUGAAAUCACAAGGUUUUGUAAAGGACACUAUAGCAUUGUUACAGUUCUUUUAUGUUCUGUCUGAAGAUGGCGAGAAGACAUCAGGAGAAAUCAGAGAUACUUUUCUAAUGGAGUCAAUGAAUCUGCCAGCUGCACUAUUACCAUCAUCUUAUAAUCCAAAAGGACAAGGUGUCCCUAAGAAGAAGUUCCAUUCUUCAACUCCACACAGUGUCUCCUUCAGUUCAAGUGGUUUAGGGAGCAGCUGGAGAUCAGAUCCUCCGUCAACAAUAAGAGGACACCACUCAACCAUAAAUGCAAGUGAUUCCAGUGUUAUGCUAAAAGAUCAGAGCACUUCAACUUCAGUACGUCAUCCUCCACCUACUUCAAUUAGGAUACCAGUGUUUGAUCCAACUGAGUCAGAAUUACCAGAAGAUGCUUUAGUUCAGGACCUUCUCUUUGUGUUUCAAGGCAUCGACGGAAAGUACCUAUCAAUGAAGAAAGGACCUGAAGGAUUUAGAAUACCCAAUGAAUUAAUGGUACAUCCAGCCCACUUGGAGCAUUGUUAUAAGCUAGCCGAGUUAGGCUGGCUCCAUCAUAAAAUCAAGGCAUACAUUGACAUGAGGAAACAAGACUUUUCCCUUGGCCUGGUUGUACAGAGUUUCCUCUCAGCUCUCUCUCUCGAGCUGACCGAGUACUACCGUCUCGUUGCUGUACUGGAGGCACAACUCUCGGCUGAUCAGGAGUCAUCUGGUCAUGUUACCUCUGAUAAACUGAGUCUCCGAAGACUAGUGGUAUGGACCAGAGAACCUCUUGAGAAACUAAGAACCCUCGCCAUACUGGUCGAUGGGUGUAAAAACGUGAGAGGAGGUGCACUAUUGUCUACAUUGUAUUUAUAUGCUCAGCAUGGAGACCCCGAAGUAAUGAGACUUGUGAAGCACUUGCUGAAUCAAGUGUACAGACCAAUCAAUACUCUAUUGAAUGCCUGGGUGUUUGAAGGACAGCUCCAAGAUCACUACAAUGAAUUUUUCAUUUUGGCUGAUUUGAAGGCUUCAGAUGAUAGGCUGUGGCAUGGAAAGUACACCAUAAGGUCUAACAUGUUGCCCAAGUUUAUACCAGAAAGCCUAGCUAGAAAAAUAUUAACCGUUGGGAAGUCUAUUAGUUUCCUUCGUCAGAAAUGCAACGAUCAAACUGAACUAUUCACACCUUCACAGAAGAACUGGUUCAAGAAAGGUGAUUGUACAUUUGAUACAAUGACUGGUGAUCCCCUCUCACACAUUAUUAAUAUCACUUACAGGGACACUAGCAAAUAUUUAUUAAAUAUACUUAACACGCAGUAUCACUUAAAGGACCAUCUUGGGGCAUUCCGCAAGUAUCUGCUAUUAGGUCAGGGAGACUUUAUUAAGCACUUGAUGGACAUUAUUGAACGUGAGCUUGCUAAACCAGCCACCAGCUGCUACGUACACAAUUUAACCGCCAUAUUGGAAUCAGCCAUCAGAGCCACUAAUGCACAGUAUGAUGAACAAGACGUCCUCAGCAGGCUUGAUGUCCAAUUGCUUGAUGCUUCACCUGGUGAUACUGGCUGGGAUGUGUUUAGUCUUUUGUAUAGAGUUGAUGGUCCUAUUAGCACUGUGUUUACUCCUGAUACUAUGCUUCGUUAUCUUCAAAUAUUUAAUUUCUUGUGGAGAGCAAAGAGGAUAGAGUUCAUACUGGCUGGUAUGUGGCGUAAACAAAUGAACCAUCAGAAGCAACUCAGAAACAUACCAGAUUUCCAUGUUUGUCUUCACCAAUGUCAGUUAAUUACAGGCGCUUUAAUUCAUUUUAUUUCUCAAUUACAGUAUUACAUCAUGUUCGAGUGUUUGGAGUGUUCUUGGGCCGAGUUAUUGAAGUGCAUUGAUGGUGCUGUUGAUCUUGAUGAAGUUAUAACUGCUCAUUCAAAGUUCCUUGAUGUCAUUGUAACACGCUGUCUCCUUGAUCCUGCAUCACAGCCCCUACUAACUCAACUAAGGACACUGUUUGAUCGUAUUGUUGAAUAUCAGAACAAGCAGGACAGCAUGUUUGCAGCAUUUCUAACUGAAACUGAGAGAAGAAAGCAAUAUGAGCUUACUAAAGAAAGCAGAGCAGAUCAAGGAUUAUGGGCAGAGACACAGGAUGAGACUGAGAGAGAGUACCAGCUCAGAGAUGAGUUCUAUCAGUCCGUCAUAUUAGACUACCAGUCACAAUUCACUAUACUAGAACACUCCUAUAACGAUACUCUGAAGAGCUUCUUGGAACGUGUGUCAGAUCAUCUAGACGAGAGUCUACAGUUCUUGGCUCGCCGCCUUGACUUCAACAGGUUUUACAGAGGAACAGAAACUGUAUCACUCUUAAUGUAACAAAUACCAUAUCAUUAACAAGAGUACAUAUUACUGAAAUUAACAGUAAUUUAUUAUCUGUUCAGUGUCCAGUAUGAGCUCACAUUAUUCAUUAGUAUUGAAUUUACAGAUAUCAGUUAAAAGUGACGUCUGUUUUAUAAA